AUGGAUCACAGCCUUUCUGAUCCCAGUGACUGGCUCGGCACAUCACUCCCACCUUUUGCAGCUCUCGAAACCUCACUACGAUGUCAAGUGUGCAAGGACUUCUUCACUACGCCCAUGGUCACGACUUGCUCGCACACUUUCUGCAGCAUAUGCAUUCGCCGCUGUCUUUCUGUUGACGGCAAAUGUCCUGCAUGUCGCGCCAACGAUCAAGCCAGUAAAUUGCGCAGGAAUUGGGCGUUGGAGGAAGUCGUGGGCGCAUUCAAGACGGCUAGACCAGUCGCGCUGGAAAUUGCGACAAAAGACAAGAAGGAGAAGGAAGAUGCUCCGACAAGACCAAACAAGAGAAGAAGGACAGAGAGACACAGUGGUGGGAGCGAUCUUACAGUACGCACCACACGAAGUCAGAGCAAGAGGACACAACAAGUCGACCACCAACCCGCCACCUUGGAUGGACAUGAAGACGAUGGAAGCGAUGCUGAAUACACUGAGAACGGCGGCACCCAGCCAGAAAGACAACAAACACCAGACGACGGUCUAGUCGCAUGUCCAAUCUGUCAAACACGCAUGAAAGAAGAAGUCGUCUUCAACCACAUUGGAACACCAGCCUGCACAUCCCCAUCCCAGAAACAAAGACAACAACCCCCACGUUCCACUGCACCAACGCCACAACCGUCAGCAACCCCCAAACCAAUUCCCGACCGCCUCACCGAAUUGAACUACUCUCUCCUCAACGACAAAGCCCUCCGCAAGAAACUCUUCGAACUCGGUAUACCCUCCACAGGCUCAAAAGCACUACUCUCACGCCGUCACACCGAGUGGGUAAAUCUCUGGAACGCAAAUGUCGAUGCUGGAGCUCCACGCACAAAACGAGAAUUACUAGACGAACUGAGAAAGUGGGAUCGCUCCAUCGGUCGCGAGCCAGAUCAAUUCGGUACAAGCAAUCAAGUGAUGAAAAAGGACUUUGACGCAAAAGCUUGGAGUACUGGCAAUAAAGACGACUUUACCCGCUUGAUCGAGCAAGCAAGACAAGGAAGAACUAAACCCCAAGCACCCCAAAAGCAAGAACCAAACACCGAACCUAAAGAUCAAGCACCUUCCGAGGAGAAUCAAGACGCCAUGCAACUCGACAACCCUGCCCCAUCCCAAGUCGAGCCAGAAAAGGAUUUACCAAUCGGUUACCACGAUGCAACGCACCCACAAGAAAACUUUCCAGAUGCAGAUCAUCCACCACCUUCAGGACAGCGAGUAGAACCUCCCNCACCACUCUUGAAAGAAACGUCUUUGCCCGAAAAGCUAGGCACAAAUGCGCAGACGAUCAAUAUGUUUGAAGUGUCUAGUCAUCCGGUUGCUGACGUGGAGACUGCGCAAGAGAAUGAUGGGCAUUGA